ACAAACUUCUACGUGCGUAGUAGCCUAACCAAGAUGGCCUCAAGUUCAAGCCUUGAUCAGCAUGAGCAUGCACAACAUCCAUCUGCCAAGGGCACCGAUAUUAAUGAAUUACUGCAAGAUCCAUCUGCCAAUGGCAACGAUAUUGGACUGCAAGAUCCAUUUGUAACGGAUAUGAUUGACAUAUUCGACAGCAAUAAUGGCAUUGAAAUUCCUCCAGUUUGUGUCUUCUCUGUGCCCAGGUUUCUAAGCAACUCCAAGCCAGAAGCUUACUCCCCUGAGGUUAUAGGCUUAGGACCCCUCUAUCAUUCCGGGUCACCACUUCAGAUGGACAAGCUCGGUGUUACGAGGAACAUUCAUAAUGAAUUCAGACAUAUUAAGUUCCAAGAACUCAUUCAGGGACUCAGGAAGCUAGUGCCAUCCAUCCGCGCUUGUUACCAGAUGUACUUGACUGAUGGGGACGAGAGGAUAGCAUGCACAAUGGCGAUAGACGGUUUGUUUUUGUUUGCGUUGCUUUGUCACCGUAACAGAGGUAAAGAUGCUCCAACCUCUUCGGAUACUUUGCUUCGCUUAUUAGCCCAUACAGAUAUCAUGAGCAGAAUCCCCUCUGAUGAGAUCGUAGCUGGGGAUACGAUGAUGCUUCAAAACCAAAUUCCGAUUUUUGUACUGAAACAUAUCUUGCUCAUGGAAUGCUCGGAGCCACUAAUCGUUGAGAAAAAUCUUCCUCGAUUAUUGUUGGGUUAUUGUAAAGCACUCUCUCCAUUCAAAGUGCUGAAGAACUACCCGGAUUCCAUGGCUUUAAAGCGCACUCAUAUGUUGGAUCUUCUGUACCACAUGAUCACGCUCACAAAGCACGAAUUGGAAAAAUUAAUUGACGAAGAAGGAAGAGAUAAAAAAGAAAGAAAAGAGGUCGAGGCAAAAAAGGUUGAGUUAAAAAAAAGUUGUUGUAAAGCCUAUCUUACAAAACUGUGGCCAACCGGAGUCUUGGAUAUUCUCUCAGGUCUACCUCUGCCAAAAGGACUGGAAAACCCAAUUGAGUGGGUAAAAGGUUUGCUUGGUCUACCGUGGUCUUUACUACUUUAUCUAUCCUACAAAGCUGGGGUUGGAGAUCAGGAAAACUUGAUGCCUACAGCAUCAAAGCUGUCUGAUGUUGGAGUCAAAUUCUCCCCGGAUCACAUCAGACACAUUCGGUUUACGCGUAAAGCAGCCUUGAUUAAGCUCCCGGUCAUUAAAGUGAAUGUAAACUCAGAGAUAAUUAUUAGAAACUUAAUGGCAUACGAAGUCAUGUUCAAGCCUGAAGUCUCCCAGCGUUGGGUUAUUAGAGGGUACAUUCAAUUGAUGAGUGCGCUGGUAAAAACUGGCAAGGAUGUGAAGGUUCUUAGGGAUCAUGAUAUUCUAGAAACUGAUUGGUACAUGAAGGAUGACGAGGUCGCGAAAAUCUUUAGUGGAAUGAGCUGGGAGCCGCCCCUUUUCUCGGCACCGGAACGAGCUGAUUUCGACUGGGGCAUGAGUGACAUUAACCACUACUACAAUGGUUUACUGAAGGUCAAGGUUCGGAAAUAUGUAAAGCAGAUUCUCAAGCUUUUGGCUGGCUCUCCGCCUGUUUGGCUCGGUCUACUGCUACCCGCUUGCAUGCGAGAAGGGCAAAGCUUUUUGUGAGGGUAUUAUCAGCUUGGUGCUGAGCAAAUUACCUUCCUUCUC